AAAGCAUGUUUUUUGAAUCCGUCGAUGUUGCAGCUAGUGGCCAGGUUUCGCUAGUGUUGCGGUGAUUGGGAGUUAAGACUCAAAACAUUAUUUUUAAGUUUAUUAGUGGAAUAUGUUACCAAGAGUGAUUAGUGCUUCUAGGUUUGAAGUCGCAAAUAAUUCACACGGCAUGUGAGAUCUCUCCAGUUUUUACUCCCACUUGUGCCGAAAUGACCAUCAAAAAAGUGUGCUGUCUUGGGGCGGGCUAUGUGGGUGGGCCCACGUGCUCAAUCAUGGCCUACAAAUGUCCGGAUAUACAAGUUAUUGUGGUUGAUAAGUCAAAACAACGGAUAGAUGAGUGGAAUUCUGACGUUUUGCCCAUCUACGAACCUGGUUUGGAUGAAGUGGUCAAGCAAUGUCGAGGAAAGAAUCUUCAUUUUUCCACCGAAAUUGAAACAGCCAUCAAAGAAGCUGAUCUGAUUUUCAUUUCGGUGAACACACCCACCAAAACUUUUGGUUAUGGCAAGGGAAAAGCGGCGGAUUUAAAGUAUGUAGAAUUAGCUGCUCGCGAUAUUGUGGAAACCGUAGAAUCUGGAUUCAAGAUUGUGGUCGAAAAGUCGACUGUUCCCGUUAAAGCCGCCGAGAGUAUUAGCACAAUUUUGCACUCGAAGCAAAAAGCUGGCGUGGAAUUUCAAGUAUUAUCCAAUCCGGAAUUUCUGGCCGAAGGUAGCGCCAUCACCGAUUUGUUGCAUGCCGAACGAGUAUUGAUUGGUGGUGAACAAAGUCCUAAGGGCAAGUUGGCCAUUGGGGCUUUGUCCUGGAUUUAUCAGCAUUGGAUCCCUGAAGAGAAGAUCCUGACAAUGGACACGUGGUCCUCCGAGCUCUCGAAGUUGGCAGCUAACGCGUUUUUAGCUCAGCGUAUUUCUAGUAUCAACGCCUUGACUCCUCUUUGCGAGGAAACUGGUGCCGAUGUCAGUGAGGUGGCCAAAGCUAUCGGCAAGGAUUCCCGCAUUGGAUCCAAAUUCCUCCAGGCCUCGGUGGGAUUUGGAGGUUCGUGCUUUCAGAAAGACAUUCUGAAUCUGGUAUACAUCUGUGAGAGUUUAGGUCUGCAAGAGGUGGCAGCCUACUGGAAUAGCGUAAUCGUUAUCAAUGACUACCAGAAAAGACGGUUCUCUCUCAGGAUCGUGCAUCGUUUAUUCAACACGGUCACGGAUAAACGCAUAUCCAUCUUAGGGUUUGCCUUUAAAAAGAAUACAGGUGAUACCCGUGAAUCCGCUGCCAUUCAUUUGAGCAAGCAUUUAAUGGACGAAAAUGCAAAACUGGCCAUUUACGAUCCAAAGGUGGAUAAACAACAAAUUUUGGACGAUUUGAGUCAUCCAUACAUAAGCGAAGAUCCUAGUCGAGUGGCAAGAUUAGUGACAAUUCACCAGUCCGCCUAUGAGGCUGGCCAAGGAUCACACGCACUGGUGAUCUGCACAGAAUGGGACGAGUUCGUCAAAUUAGAUUUCCGCAGGAUGUACGAAAUCAUGGAAAAGCCAGCCUUCGUCUUUGACGGACGGAAGAUUUUGGAUCAUGAGGCCCUCAUUUCUAUAGGAUUCGAGGUGGAAACCAUUGGGAAACGAUUCAACCAGAGUGCCAACCGAUUGGACGACUUUUGACUGACUUUUUCCGGAUACUGCUAUUAUCUUUGGCAAUGCGGCCAAUGUAUUGAAGCUUUACCAAGUGUGUUAAGAAUAAAGUUUUCAUUGAUAAUGAGA